AAAUCCUCACUACCUUCAAAAACAAAUGAAAACAAUAUAUUGGAUAUUUUCGCAUCUUCAUCUAUAUCCAACGUUCCAUCAAAUAAUCCUUCAUCAGCAUCGCAGCUUAAAGGGGCUGACCUAUUUGCGAUAGGUCAAUCACCUCUUACAAGCAAUGUACCUUCUAAUCCCCUUCAGGGAAAUUCUAAUCCCCAAACAACACCAACUUCUACAUCUAACCAUGACACUUUGAAGUCAUCUAUUUUAUCAUUAUAUAACAGUCCAAAUUUGAAACCAAACACGUUGCCCCAAUCUUUUUUAGGAAAUUAUAGUUCUCCCAAUCUUCCAUUGAGUAACGCAAAUAAUUCUACUCCACCACAGAAUGCUAACAAAAACGGGAAUGCUUACAUGAAUGAUCUGCUGGGGGGCUUCAUGUAA